CCCAAAAACACAGACGCGCACACAACAGAGUCCCCGCACCACCGCCAUUAUUUCUUCACGGAGAGAGAGAGAGAUGUUCAACGGACAUAAGCUGACGCAACCAGAGGCGGCCCUGCAGCUGCCGGAGACAAAAGCGGCGGCCGAUCGCCAAGGCGCGACGAUGAACGGGUCCCUUGAGCCGGCGGGGGCACCACGCCCGAAAGGCGCUGGCCGGAAAGCCGACGUCACGCACGCGAUCCUGAGGGCCAUGUGCAUGGCGGCUUCCCUGACAGCGUUCUCGUUCAUGGUCACUGCCAAACAGCACAGCCUUCUCGUCGUCUACGGCUUCCAGUUCCCCGUUCACUCCAAAUGGUCCUUCUCCAACUCCUUCGAGUACUUGGUCGGUGUUUCGGGGGCGGUCACGAUUCACUCGUUCCUGCAGCUGCUCAUUUGCAUCUCAAGAUUGCUCAGGAAAUCAUCGGCAAUUCCCUCCAGGAACUACGGGUGGCUCGUAUUUGCUGGAGACCAGGUGCUUGCGUACGCGCUGAUGAGCGCCGGAUCAGCCGCCUCGGGGGUCACCAACCUGAACCGCACGGGGAUAAGGCACACGGCGCUCCCCAACUUCUGCAAGCCUCUCCACAGCUUCUGCGACCACGUCACCAUCUCGAUCGCCUUCACUUUCUUCAGCUGCAUCUUGCUCGCGACCUCGGUCGUCCUGGAUGUCAUCUGGCUAACCAAAUAUUAACUCAUCAGCUCCCCAUUUUCUCCUUCCUUAGUUAAAAUACGGUAGCUAAAUUUGCUUUGCGCGCCCUCACGAACGAUCGAAUUGGCCGAAGCGAUCUUCCCCUGUGAAGCAUAUGUACUUUCCUGGAGCCAUCUCUCUUAGUAAAUUCUAUGGAUCUUGCUUGUUUUGUAUGUGGGAUGAAGUUACAGAUAUAUGAGUGGAUCUUCCUAUCA